CACCCGGCUGCGCAGACCCGGCGCCAGUGCGCGGGCGGGGUUGGCGCGCCGCGGUAGCCUGGCAUCCAGUGUGAGUCCCGCGGAGCCGCGCGCACACCCGCUGGCCGUCGGGGGCGCGGCUUGCAGAGAAACCUGUCCCGCUGUAGCGGGCCUGAACCCCUGUAGCCCGGCAGCCAGUGGCGGCGAAGGCAACGAGGGAGGGGAGACCUUGUGGAGACCAAGUCCGCGCUCCCGAGUAAGCAGUGCCCAGCCUGAGGCCUCGGACCCCACACCCUGAGCUCCAGGUCACCAUGGCCCCGAAGAUGAUCCUUCUCCUCUGCUUGUUCUCGGGUUUGCAUGCACGGUCCAGAAAGGUGGAAGAGGAUGAAUUUGAAGAUUCUUCAUCAAACCAAAAGUGGGUCUUGGCUCCAAAAUCCCAAGACACUGAUGUGACUCUUAUUCUUAACAAAUUGCUAAGAGAAUAUGAUAAAAAGCUGAGGCCAGAUAUUGGAAUAAAACCUACUGUAAUCGAUGUUGACAUUUAUGUUAACAGCAUUGGUCCUGUGUCAUCAAUAAACAUGGAAUACCAAAUUGAUAUAUUUUUUGCUCAAACCUGGACAGACAGUCGCCUUCGAUUCAAUAGCACAAUGAAAAUACUUACUCUGAACAGCAACAUGGUUGGGUUGAUAUGGAUCCCAGACACAAUCUUUCGAAAUUCUAAAACGGCAGAAGCUCACUGGAUCACCACUCCCAAUCAACUCCUCAGAAUUUGGAAUGAUGGGAAAAUUCUUUACACUUUAAGGCUCACCAUCAAUGCAGAAUGCCAACUGCAGCUGCACAACUUCCCCAUGGAUGAGCAUUCCUGCCCUCUGAUCUUCUCCAGCUAUGGCUACCCCAAAGAAGAAAUGAUUUAUAGAUGGAGAAAAAAUUCAGUUGAGGCAGCUGAUCAGAAAUCAUGGCGGCUUUAUCAGUUUGACUUCAUGGGCCUCAGAAAUACCACAGAAAUCGUGACAACUUCUGCAGGGGAUUACGUUGUCAUGACUAUAUAUUUUGAAUUGAGCAGAAGAAUGGGAUACUUCACUAUUCAGACAUACAUUCCCUGUAUACUGACUGUGGUUUUAUCCUGGGUGUCAUUUUGGAUUAAAAAAGAUGCUACACCAGCAAGAACAGCAUUAGGCAUCACCACAGUGCUCACCAUGACCACGCUCAGCACCAUAGCCAGGAAGUCCCUGCCACGAGUGUCCUAUGUGACAGCCAUGGACCUCUUUGUGACCGUGUGCUUCUUGUUCGUCUUUGCUGCUCUAAUGGAGUAUGCCACCCUCAAUUACUAUUCAAGCUGUAGAAAACCAACUGUCACGAAGAAGAAAACCUCGUUAUUGCAUCCAGAUUCCUCGAGAUGGAUUCAUGAGCGUAUAAGCCUACAAACGCCCUCGAACUAUUCUCUCCUGGAUAUGAGGCCACCUCCGCCUGCGAUGAUCACUUUAAACAAUUCGGUGUAUUGGCAGGAAUUUGAAGAUACCUGUGUCUAUGAGUGUCUGGAUGGCAAAGACUGUCAGAGCUUCUUCUGCUGCUAUGAAGAAUGUAAAUCAGGAUCAUGGAGGAAAGGGCGGAUUCACAUAGACAUCUCGGAGCUGGACUCGUACUCCCGGGUCUUUUUCCCCACGUCAUUCCUGCUCUUUAACCUGGUCUAUUGGGUUGGAUACCUGUAUCUUUAAGUGCUGCCCUUAGUGAUCAGUGAGGAGCACUUGGUUCACAUCCUUCACCUUCCAUCACCCCCAAACUUGUAGUGACCAGUUGGGUGUAGCAAGGAAGGACACUGCUCAGUUUAUCUUAAGUUAUAAACUAGCUUUCAGCAGAACAGGAAGUAUCUGGCAAAUAUUCCUAAUAUGUACACAUACACACAUUAAUUUAAUUUUCAAGUGAUAUUCUUGCUAAUCCCUUACUGCAUCUGUAGCUUGGUGAUAUUUAUUAAUGGUUUUGGAUAUUGGAAGCAGCCGCCUAUUACCCUUGCAAAGAAAUCUGUAAAACACAGAAGCAAAUGUCUGAGAAGCUCUCUCAGGCUCCCACCCAUUAUGUAUCUUUCCUUCAUAGCCCUCAGCACCAGAGCCCAUGUGUACUGAAUCCCUCUUAGCCAAGACACACUUGUGCUGGUCUCAUUCCCAUGCUCACAAGACACUCUAAGUUCAAGUGCAAACUGCAGUGAGUUUUGAACCCAGUUUCCUCCUUCUGCAGCCUCUUUUGCUCUAGCACCACCAUCGUUAUUAGCUAGCCUCCCUUUUCCUAACAGCCUUACCCUAGGCCUGGGAGGACUUCACAAAUCUCCUUUUGAGGAAAAGAAUUAUGAUUUUCAAAAUUCUCAUGUUACCGAAGUCAAAGAUGUUAAUUAUCUCUGAACAUUAGGUUAUUACUUUAUUCUAAACUACUGUAAAUCAACAGUAUUUGAAAUUUGGGUUCUUGGAUUAGUUCAACUUGAGUUCAGCAACAUUUCCCCUUGAGAUCUGUAUUUUAUUAGACCAAGGCUCAACUGCAAAGUAUGGAUCUAGUCUGUGUGGUUAUUAUGGGUUCAAUAAUUGUCUUCAUCUUGUGAAGAAAGAGAUACAGCAUGUACAAGACUUUGUCUUGAAAACAUAUUCUAGAGUGUGAAAGCAUCAUAGAUAGAAUUUUAAAAAUUUCUUAGUAAAUAUUAAUUUUCAAGUCAAACCAACUUUAGAUGCAAAAAAGGUUAAUGGCAAUCAUCAAUUAUCUAUUUUGAUGAACAAAUAUUGUUUUAUACUUUGAAAUAUGGAUACAUAGCAAAAUCCCAAAGAAAAAGAAUCCCAAGUCAAUACUCUUUUGAUAUUUUUAUAACACAAAACUAAUUUGCUUCUUGAUAUUAGUUCUUUGUUAUAACUAGAUGCCAGUAUGAACUUCAUACGACUCUUUUAAAGCUUCCCUCCAUCAGUAGGAAAAAACAAAAACCUACCAGUUAGUUAAUAAUGCUUUGACAUUAUUAAAAUUUUAAUACCAGAAUCUUUGUGCUUUUCAUCUUACACACACACAUCCACACACACUGAAAUAAUUUUAUUGGAAACCAUUCAUUUUUCAAUUAUCCAUUGUGCAUAUCAUUAUUAUUCAAAAAACUAAAACAUUAUGUAGAAAAUUAUAUAAAAGUUCUAAUUUCAUCCAAUAUACUGAAUGUAUACAAGAAAGGAGAUGCAAGUGGAAGAGAACAGAAAGACUGAUAUUAGAUAUGUCUAUUUAUUCUUAAGAACAUUGUUUCAUAUCAAAUGAAUGCAAAGAUACAGAUAUAUGGCCACCCAGUUUUCAAGGUUCCAGUCUAUGUAGAGCCACUCAAUCCCAUUGUUUUCCUUUCUGUAAAACUCACUGUCCUUAAGUUUGAUACUUGCUGUUUAAGCAACAAGUCAAUUGACUUCUGCUUAGUAACUUCAAUUUAAAAAAUAAGAUAAUAAAUACUUGUGGGGAAAUAGGUUGAGAACAAUGGUUUAAGUGAAAUAUCUUCUCCUCCAGAGAAUUAGUAUCCUAGUUCUGUUUGACAAGCAUGAAGGUCCCUUUUCACCUGUGGCAGACACACUCUGGAGGUGCCCUGAUGGAAGAAAUUCUGUGCCACACCAGAUCUCUGAGCGCAGAGGGCAGGCAGCACCAACACAAUUCCCAACAUUAUAUAAUUUCUAACAACAUGAAGAAUUUAAACCUAUUAUAUUGUAAAAGAAGUUCUGGAGAAAACUAAAUUUUCUAAUAAAAUUUUUCUUAAAAGGAAAAUAAAUAACCUAAAAGCA